AUGGCGAACUACGCUGAUUAUCUGGCUCACUUCAACUUCGAUGUGGUCUACAAGCCAACCAGUCAGAACACAAACGCUGAUUACUGUUCCAGAAUUCCAAGUCAAUCUACACAAACCGAUGUCGACAGAUUAUCUCUGCACGAGGGAAGGAAUAACGAAGACGAAUUCGAACAAUUUGCUUUAAACCAGAUCCAGCAGCUGCCAGUGCGCGCUGAACACAUUGCACGCGAGACACGAAAAGACCCUCAUCUUGGAAAGAUUUAUCGAGAGCUGGAAUUAGGACGAAAUCUCGCGCAGUCAAACUACAAGGCCCCGGAAGUAAAAUACACCCUAGCUGCCAACUGUUUACUUUUCGAACAUCGUGUCGUCAUACCACCAACUUUGCGUGAAGCAAUCCUGAAUGACCUACAUGCGGCACACAUCGGAGUCGUCAAAAUGAAAGGACUAGCACGUUCCUUUGUAUACUGGCCAAGAAUCGAUGCAGACAUCGAACGUACAGCCAAAUCCUGUACAGAAUGCGCACGACAUGCACCAGCACCACCGAAAUUCAGCAGUCACCAUUGGGAGUAUCCAAACGGUCCGUGGGAGCGUAUCCAUGUCGACUACGCAGGCCCAGUGGCGGGUGCGAUGCUGCUAAUCGUCGUUGAUGCAUAUAGCAAGUGGGUGGAAGUCAAAAUCGCCACCUCAACAACAGCAGCUGCUACUAUCAACAUUCUCGACACAUUAUUCGCUGCUUACGGAGCACCUAUCACCCUUGUAUCGGACAACGGUCCACAAUUCACUGCCGAGGAAUUCAAGACGUUUCUCCAGCGAGGCGGUGUAAAGUAUCACAAGUUUUCUGCACCUUACCAUCCAGCUACGAACGGGCAGGCCGAGCGCUACGUACAGACAAUAAAAAGAGCACUGAAGGCGAUGGGAACGACAACCAACACUUUGCAAGCCAACUUAAACGAGUUCCUGCAACAGUACCGAAAAGCUCCACAUGCCGAAACCGGAGAAUCACCAGCGAAAUUGUUUCUAGGUCGAAACAUCCGAACACGGUUGGAUCUAGUUAGACCACUAGAUGCCAGCACAAAGGUUUCUGAAAAACAACAAGCAUCGUUUAACUCUUCGUUCCGGUCAUUCACCCCAGGACAGCGAGUUUAUUGUCUAUCAGGAAAUCCUCGAAUGGAUAAGUGGAUUCCGGGAAUUAUUGCUGCUCGAUUGGGAGAUUUCGGAGAUUUGCACUACGACAUUAUUUACGAAGGUAAACAUCUCAAACGUCAUAUUGAUCAGAUUCGACAUUUCCACGACAAAGAUUAUAACGAAAGGUACAUACCAAUUGCGAACGAACCAAUGUUAUGCGAAUCAGGUGACAAAUCCCGUAGGAUGCAUUUUUACGGAGGUAUCAUGACGUCACGCCAGCCGACAAUCAACGAACGAUCCAGUUCAAUGUCAGAGUCGUCUUCCAAUUGGACGGAUACGCCAGAUGCACGGUUCUUGACACCGAGUAACAGUCCGGAGCGAUCAAGUGAGAACUCAUCACCUAUGCUACGCCGUUCAGACAGACAGCGUCGUCCCCCUCUUCGAUUUUCUCCGUAG